GAUUUAUUCUCACAAAGACCUUAUUUCUUGAAUAGCUUGACUCUGGCUCAGAAUGAAUAUGUGGUGUAACAUUUCUUGAAGAAAAAUUUAUCUGCUGCCAUAUCUAUCUUUUUUAUACAAGUCUCAGCCUCCUGAGCUCAUAUAUUAUGGUCGCCAUUCGGGAGUAACUGGUCUUGCUAAAGGAGAGCUAUAUAAGACUGUAUCUGGUGUUGAGAUGGGAAGUCAUGGAUAUGACAAGGUCCUUGUGGAUGCAGAGUGUACUCAUGACGGUUCAGUUAAACAUAUUCACAAGUUUGAAAAUUGGGGCUGGGGGACUUUUCAACGUCGAGUACUAGAUGCAGAGAGGACUCAUAACUUACAUGUUCUGCAGUUGAAUCUUCUCCGUAAUGGUUUCAGACUACUAAAAGUUGGAGGCUCACUUGUUUACAGCACUAGCAGCUUAACAUUGGUUCAGAAUGAAGAUGUGGUGGAACAUUUCUUGAAGGAAAAUGUAAAUGCUGAGUUGGCAGAGAUAGAUGGUACCAGAAAUUGGCCUUGCAAAAGUGGUGGGAUACCAAAAACAUGGCGAUUUGAUCCCUUAACAUCUCAAACUAGUGAACUUUUUGUUGGCAAGUUCACAAAAGUAGCCAUUUGAUUUCUUCGGCUGUCUCCAAAGAAGUUUUAAAUAUGCACCAGAUGCAUUAGAAAGAGUCAUUCGAAAAACUAUUAGUUUGAGUAUUAUCAAGAUCUA